AUGAAUGAGCGUCAACUAUUAACGGAAAUUAGACUUCAACAAAAUAAAAGUACUACUCCUCUUCAACUCAUGACUGAACGAGAAUUUCGAUACUUUUUAUUUCAUUUACUAGACAAACCAAGAGAAUUUGGUGAUUUUAUCAACACUUUGUCGACAUACAAAUAUUCAGAAAUGAUCAAAUUAGAACAACAAUCUCGUGGUGAAUCAGCUUUUGCUAAAAUUCUUCGUAUUUACACUGAAGGCGAAAAUCCGUUAUCUAUCUCAACACCUCUUACAAUGGCAGAAAGACGAUCAUUCAUACUUGAUUUGAUUCCAGAAUCAUUGCAAACUACAAGAAGUCAAAUUUCAAAAAUGAAUUUAUCAAAAGAAGUUUUUGAAUCGUUUGCACAAACAUUUGGAUAUUAUCAUAAUCUUAGCAUUGAAAAUGAAAACUUAGCAGAUCGAAUUAAAGAAGUUGUUAGCUUAAAACGAGGAGCUCCAGCCCCUGUUGAAAGUUUAUUAACAACUGCAAGAUCAAUUCCAACUCUUACGCCAAGAUUAUCAUCACGAUCAACUCCAAUAUCAUUUAAUACAUCUUCUGCCAUGACAAUUCAACGUUCAAUCGCAAUGUCAACAACAGAUUUUAGAGAUACUUCAAAAAGAUCAUGGACUGCUAAAACAAGGAAAAUUGAAGUAGAGAGAAAGCCACAAGUAGAAAGAAAAGCGAAAACUGUAAAAAUUAAAUCUCGAGACGUUUUGAAGCCAAGUGUUGCUAGUUUGGUGAAGGCUAUUGAUUUAGAAGAAGCUAGAACUAUGUCGAUCGAAGAAUUAAACAAUAUUAUUCAAGAUCGCGAAAAACAGAUUAUCCAUAAUAAGCAGGAAGCUGCCACACUAUCUCAGAAAAUUACUUGCCUCAAGAGAGAUUGUAUUAAUCUAGAGGAUGAAAUCUCUUCCCUUGAAUCACAAUAUGAGUCAUAUCUUGCAGCUGCUGAGCAAAGAAAACAAGAAGAAGAACAAGAAAAGAUUCAUACUUCUAGAAUGUAUAGCUCAAGAAGGCGUGAAGCAAAUGAAAUUACUCAUCAACUUCAAGAAGCAAUUGAAGAAAAUAAGAAAUUGAAGAAGCAGCUAUCAGGAUUACAGUAA